CUUCCAAUGCCGCCUCCACAACCUCUACAGACCCAAAACUUCCAAUAUCAACUUCCAGAGCAUCCAAUAACCUCACAGUUCCACCUCUAGACACCCAGACCUUCCAAUGAAACCACAGCUCUAUCUCCAGAACCACGGGCUUUGAUUCAAAGUUAGAAUAUAAAAACAGCACCAAAGAGGUCCAUGCACUCAAUACACCAAAACGAUCUUUUGUCCAGUCCCUAUACGACAAAAGAGGACUUUUGAGAUGAUUCUGCAUACAUCACGAUAUCGACAUCACAUUUUUAACUACAAGUCUCACUGGAUCAAUCAGAUUUUUCUCUCAUAUUCACAGACUUAAUGACGCGAACAGAAUAUCAGCGUGGAGUUCACACCCCUCCACUGGGCAAGUCAGCGGUCAGUAUCACAAUGCCCGGCAUGGCCACACAAGCUGAAGGCUAUGACACGGACAAAGGAUGUGGCCAAGAACCUAACGGCAGGGGUUCUGGACUGGGACAGCCCAUCAAGCCUAAGCAAGUCCUGGCAUACCUUCCACGACCCCCCACAGACACGAAUCGGUACCGGAGCUUUCCACAGAAGGUGAGAAUCCUAAUGUAUCCCAAGCAACCUCCAAAAUUUUAUAUCAGGUUAACAAAAUGAUACUCUCUUUCUGCAGCCAGAAUGUGUGGUGGUACCGACAUGUGCGGCAGAGCUGAUGCCAGCCCCUCAAACAAAACCCACGCUGGCUCAUCCUCCGUUGCCACUUCCGGACAUAAUGCCUCGCAGCGUGUACAAACGUCACAUGAGCACUGCAGACAUAGGAUAUGCCUACCCAGGACGGCCCCGUCAAAGUGUGGGCAUCUCCGCUGACCUUCCAAAGUACCGCCGGUCUUCUCUGAAAGAUGGUGGAGCUGGCAGUAGUCGCUUGUACCCCCGGCACGCUAUCAGUGUGCCCGAUAUCACUCAUGGACCUCGAUACAUGAAUACGCCACCACGUGGUUUGUUAUCUGCACCCAUAACUGGACCUGAACGGCCCGCGAAGCAACGGUGUAAGCUGAUGGAAGCAGAAGUCCACCAAGGCAAGACAUCAACCCGGCGAGAACGCCAGAGGUACGUGGCCAAAGAUGGCAAGUGCCAGGUCAACUUGGGCCGCAUUGAAGAGAAAGGACGUUUCCUCUCUGACAUUUUCACUACUAUCGUCGACCUCAAGUACCGCUGGUUCCUGUUUGUGUUCAUGAUGUGCUACAUCGUCACGUGGCUGCUCUUUGCCACAAUCUACUAUUUAGAUGCGUUUUGGCGACUUGAUAUACUCAACCAAAAAAACGAAGAUUGGAGACCUUGCUUUCAGAACGUGGACAGCUUCACAUCAGCGCUCCUCUUCUCCGUUGAAACCCAACGCACCAUUGGCUACGGCUUCCGCAUGGUGACCGCCAACUGCCAAGAAGGUGUCUACCUCAUAAUGGCCCAGUCCAUUGUGGGCUCCAUGAUCGACGCCCUAAUGGUGGGAUGUAUGUUCGUUAAGAUUUCUCGACCUAAGAAAAGAGCACAGACGCUGAUCUUCAGCCAGAACUGUGUGAUCUGCCCACGAGAUGAAAGGCUUUGCCUGAUGUUCCGGAUUGGUGACCUCCGAGACAGCCACAUGGUGGACGCUAAAAUAAGGGCCAAGCUCAUCAAGUCUCGGCAGACGUACGAAGGGGAAUUUCUCCCGCUGGAGCAGUCGGAGAUCAACCUUGGCUACGAGACGGGGGAGGACCGGCUGUUCUUGGUGGAGCCGCAGGUCAUCUGCCACAUGAUUGAUGACGACAGUCCUUUCUGGGACAUGGGGCCGCAGCAGCUGCUUCGAGAGCAGCUUGAGAUCAUUGUUAUACUGGAAGGAAUCGUGGAGGCUACAGGCAAGUAGAUGACCCCCCCUUGUGCAUGCCCUUCUCCACCCUAGGGUCAGUGCAUUACAUACCAUCCCUCUGCCACAAGCUUCUUGUUGAGGUACCCUGUCCAGACAAAUCCGUUAAAGGGGGUUGGCCAAUUUGCAGGGGAUUCUGCUGUCUGAAUCUGCACAUGUGCCCGACGUGUCCAUUUGCACAGCACCUGCGCAGCAUAAAAUCUACCCAGGAGAAGCCAGAGGAAGCAGUCGCUUCCAUCUUGCAGCCUAAGGCCUCAUGCACACGGCC